AUGGCCUGGAAAUGCAGCGGCUGUAAAGCAGACAACAGGAGUGGUUCGAGUGACAAGAGAAACUUGAGUUUGAGUGCUGGCGAGCAAGACCUGACAGCGGCUACCAUACUUGAGCUCAAGAAUAUCGUCUUGGAAAUGAAAAACGAUCUGAAUGAAAGCAUUAAAGGGCAACAAUUUGUGAGUCUGGAGUACGAGGACAUGAAAAAGCAGAUCGUGGAGUUAGUCCAGGAGGUGAAAUCACUGAAAAAUGAAGUGAGUGAUCUGUUGAACAAGUGCGCCGAGAAGGAUGAAAUAAUUUUGAGGCAGGAAGAGAGAAUCCAAGAUCUAGAAACCACUCCAGAAACAGAAACAUUGUGUUAUCAGACUGACAUCGAAGCAGCUCACAGAAUUCCUACGCAACGCCCUGGGGUCCCAAAACCAAUAGUGGUGGAACUGCGGUCACGCAAGAUCAGGGAAGAAAUACUGAGAAAAAAGAAGCAAAAGGAAGUGUUCAACGAUGUGAUCUACUCUGGUGAAGGUGGCAAGGUAUUCAUCAUGGAGCAAGUUUCGCCGAAAAUUGGGUAUCUAAAGUACAAAGCCAAACAAUUAGCAAAUAGACAUAACUGGAAAUUUGUCUGGAUCAAAAAUGGAAAACUGUUUGCUAGGAAAGGUGAAAACUCUCCAGUUGUGAAGAUUGUGACGGAGGAAAACCUCGAAGCAAUAAGGUAA